AUGAAAUCCUCGGUUACUCCUGGGACUUUGUUUGCUCUUUGGUGGAUGCUUUCCCUCAUCUUCUUUGUGCAGCAGCUCAAGGCAGGAAACACUGAGGGCCCGUGUCAAGGUAGAGACUGCUCUGUAUGUCGGUGUCUUCCUGCAAAAGGUGCACGGGGCGCUCCUGGUAGAGGAGGCCAGGAAGGUCCACGGGGACUAAUGGGACUGCAGGGACAUCAAGGGCUUCCUGGAGAGAAAGGCAGGAUGGGAGCAACUGGAUCACAUGGCCCAGAGGGGCCUAAAGGAAGUCAAGGAAAGAUUGGUGCUCCUGGUUUUCUUGGUAGAAGUGGUUUACCAGGUCACCCCGGAGCAGGCGGUGAGCCUGGGUUGCCAGGAUUAGAUGGUUGUAACAGGACACAAGGUAGGCCGGGAAUCCCCGGUUUGCCUGGUUUGGAUGGCCUCCAUGGCUCACCGGGAUUACCUGGGCCUAAAGGAGAUAAAGGAGAAGCUUCAUAUUUAGAUGCACUUCCGGGAGUUCCUGGUGAGCGUGGGCGAGAUGGACAGCCUGGCCAUCCUGGAAGACAAGGAUUUAUUGGUCCUAAAGGUUACAGUGGUCCCCCUGGCCCUCCUGGCCGUCAGGGCGAACAGGGCCCGCCUGGCCCACCAGGACCAGAAGAAGUUGGUCCUCCAGGAUUACCUGGCAGGGAGGGACUAGCAGGACCUGAGGGUUCUCGAGGACAGAGGGGACUUCCAGGCAUCAGUGGAAGAACUGGACUAAAGGGUUACCCAGGAGAUCCAGGUCUCCCUGGUGAUACAGUCCUUCUUAAUGGAAGUCAUGUGCUAAAGGUGACCGUGGAUUUCCAGGACAACCUGGACUCCCUGGGGACACUGGGUCCAUGGGCAUUCCUGGGCCCUCUGGCCCACCAGGAGGGCCAGGGUUUGCCUGGUCCACGAGGGCGCCCUGGUCCUAAAGGCUACAAAGGAGAGCCGGGAAAGUAUGAUGACUAUUCCAUUGCAGUACCCAAGGGAGCUAAAGGAUUCCCGGGACCUAAAGGGGCCACAGGCCCUCCAGGCCCCCCAGGCUGUGGAGACUACUACUGUGAGCGCGGUGACCCUGGGGACCCUGGUGAUCCUGGACCCAGGGGAUCUACUGGAAACAAAGGGCUCAAGGGAAUUAAAGGUUGUCCAGGGAAUUGUGAAUGUAUCUCUGGCAGGGGGAGCCCAGGGUCUCAUGGUCCACCUGGUUAUCCAGGCCCCCCAGGAUUACCUGGAACUCAAGGACCAAGAGGGGACCCAGGUCUGAAAGGAGAUGAGGGUUCUCAAGGACCACAAGGCUUUCAAGGAUUUUCUGGUUUAAAGGGACAAAAAGGAGAAAAGGGUGAUGCUUUUGCAGGAGGUGUAAAAGGUGCCAAGGGUUACAUAGGUGACCCAGGAUAUGGUGGUCCUCCUGGAGGAACAGGUGGGCCAGGACAGGAUGGACGAGAUGGCAUUGUGGGAGAACCCGGGCCACCAGGUGAUGGUUAUAGAGGAUUACCUGGUCCUAAAGGUUACCCAGGUCUUCCUGGACCCAAAGGAUUUCCUGGACAAGCAGGUCCCCCGGGUGAUGGUUUACAAGGCCCCAAGGGAGAACAAGGACCUAAAGGAAAUCAGGGACUUACUGGCAUACCAGGAAUUCCUGGACGACCAGGACCUCCAGGAGAAACACAGAGAUGCUGUCCUGAAGGUGAGAUUGGUCCCCCUGGUCCAAAGGGUGAGCCAGGUUCACCAGGGAUUCCAGGUCAGCCAGGGAUCAAUGGUCCUCCCGGAGAGCCAGGAUACCCAGGCACUAAAGGCAUGAAGGGAGAUGAUGGUGGAGCUCAGGGGACUGGACCACCAGGACCUCCAGGUUUAAUUGGUGAACCAGGUGAACCAGGUUUCAGGGGAAUUAGUCUAGAAGGCUUUCCUGGCCCUCCUGGUUUUCCUGGACCACCAGGUAGGAAAGGGCCUCCAGGAGAUGUCUUCUCAACCAGGCCAGGUGCAACUGGCAUACCUGGCCCUCCUGGGAGUAUAGGCUAUAAAGGACUCCGUGGAAUUCCUGGAAACCCAGGAAUACCAGGCCCACAAGGCCAACCUGGACAACCAGGCUAUAAAGGAGAGCCAGGGGUCGAUGGUGACCCCGGAGUCCCUGGACCAAUAGGCCCACCGUGCUCACAGUGCGAACUCAUUGGCCCACCCGGACCCCCAGGACCUCCAGGAAAUCCUGGAGUGAGGGGAAUACCAGGAAACACUGGGCAGAUAGGUCUGAGAGGCGAUAUUGGUCCACCUGGACAUGGAUGGAAAGGAUCAAAAGGUGUUCAGGGUCCUCCUGGUUUACCAGGACCAGCUGGACCAACAGGCUCCACUGGCCUCCCAGGAGAUCCUGGAACCGAUGGGUGGCCAGGACAGAAAGGUGAAAGCGGGUAUCCUGGCAGGGCUGGAGAAAGAGUUUUCCCAGGUCGCCCUGGACCUCCUGGACCGAGAGGUAAACAGGGUGAAAGGGGCCUUAAUGGCCGCCCAGGUUCCCUAGGGUAUCCAGGACCAGAUGGUAAUAAAGGUUUACGGGGAGACCCUGGAGAUCGAGGAGUGACAAGUCCAGUGAAUAUAAGGAAAGGUGCACUGGGUCAUCCAGGAAUGAUGGGGCUACCUGGCGAGCCUGGACUUCAAGGUCCAAAGGGCACAUGGGGAAUGCCAGGUGACUCUGGACCUGACGGAUGGCCUGGUCCACCAGGAAUUAAGGGUAUCCCUGGAGUUCCAGGCAGGUCAGGAAGAGCAGGACCUCAUGGAGACCCUGGGAAUAAAGGUUUCAUUGGUUCCAGAGGGUAUCCUGGGAAUGAUGGAGAUCGGAAAAAGCUGAUAAUUUCUUUAGCACCUCGAGGGAUACCAGGAGACCCAGGUGACCCAGGACCCAGAGGAAACCCAGGACGACCAGGACCAUCAGGCAUUCCAGGAGAACGGGGAAUACAAGGAAGACCAGGCUCCCGAGGACCCCGUGGUCCACAAGGCCAUCCAGGUCUUCCAGGUCUUCCCAGUGAUCAAGGAAGUGUGGGACUACCAGGCCCCCCUGGCCGAUAUGGGCCCCCAGGGCCCCCUGGACCACCAGGUCUAGAUGGACUGUAUGGGCUUACAGGUCCAAAAGGGAUGAAGGGGGCAAGUGGCAUAGAUAUCCCUGGCCCGCGAGGACCAGAUGGUUUUCCAGGAGUCAAAGGGGCCAGGGGCUACCAAGGACCUCCAGGAACUACUAUUCCUGGGACUAAAGGCCAAAGGGGCCCACCAGGCAAUCCAGGCCUCCCAGGGCUCCCAGGUGAACCUGGUUACCGUGGUAUAAUCUGCCAAACACCUUUGCAGGGACCUGCUGGAGGUCAAGGAUUUGAAGGACCUACAGGACCCCCAGGUCCUCCUGGAGAACCUGGGAUACCAGGCUCCAGCCUUUUGUUCAAAGGAGACCCAGGACCAACUGGCCCCCACGGCUUACCAGGUGUUCGAGGAAGAAGGGGUCUACCAGGACCACCUGGACUUUCUAUCCACCAAGGCCCUAGAGGACCUAAAGGUGAGCAAGGUCCUGUUGGUCUAAUGGGCCUACCUGGACCCAAAGGUCAGCUAGGUGCCCCUGGGCCCCAGGGCCCCAGCGGAGAAAUUGGCCACCCUGGAAAUAAGGGUAUCAAAGGUGCUCCUGGUGACUCUGUCAGUAUAUUAACAACCACUGCUCCCCCUGGACCUCCAGGUCCUCCUGGUAGCCCGGGAUGUGUAGGGUUCCAAGGUGUCAUGGGUUCUCCUGGUACUCCAGGUCGUAAAGGGGAGAAGGGUCCGGUGGGGUCUGUGGGCCUUCCUGGUAUAACAGGUCCUCCUGGUCGUAAUGGUCCAGCUGGAGAUCCAGGGGCUGUUGGUUUGCCUGGAUUUCCUGGACCUCAAGGUAUCCCAGGUCCUCCUGGUAACCAGGGUCAGCCAGGCUACAGGAGGAUAUUGAAUGCUGGAUUUCUGUUAGUUAUACAUAGUCAAUCAGUUGAGGUCCCACAGUGCCCAGCAGAUACCACUCAGCUUUGGGUGGGACACAGUCUCAUUUACCUGGAGGCACAAGAAAAGGCUCACACACAAGAUCUGGGCCAGCCUGGCUCCUGCCUCCCUGUUUUCUCCACCAUGCCGUUCUCCUAUUGUAACAAAGCUGCCUGUUCUUAUUCUAGUCGCAAUGACAAAUCCUAUUGGCUCUCCACAACUGCUCCCAUACCCAUGAUGCCGCUAUUUGGCCAGGAUAUUGUGUCCCAUAUCAGCCGUUGUGUGGUGUGUGAGACCAUUUCACCUGUGGUGACUUUUCACAGCCAGAAUCCUACAUUCCCUUCAUGCCCACCUGGAUGGAGGAGUUUGUGGGUGGGAUACUCUUUCCUCUUGCACACAGGAUCAGGUAAUAAUGGUGGUGGCCAGUCACUGGCUUCUACUGGUAGCUGCCUUAAGGAUUUCCGAACUCAUCCCUUCAUUGAGUGCCAAGGGGCACGGGGUUCCUGUCACUACUUUGCCAAUCUCUAUAGUUAUUGGCUGACUACUGUAAGCCCAGCAAAGCAAUUCAUAAGCGCAAGUCCUGGCACCAUCAAAGCAAGCGACCAACAGCGACACAGGACCAGCCAGUGUAAUGUCUGCCACAGAGAAGGAUAA